CCCACCCACAAGGCUAGACAAUAGGUAGCAAUUUAUAGUCCAUCACGAAAUCUGUCCAAUGUCAUGACUGUGCUCUUUGCCAACCUCGUCGCCAUCUGCCAAAGCUGAUCUCCCCAGACAAUUCACUGGAUUCACCGCGACCUACCGACCAAGUUCAACAUCGCAACGUGUUCCCUGGCCUGGAUCCGUCUCUCUCUACCUCCACACUUUCAACGCCGUCGAAUCUGUAGCCACUCUCUGCAGUACCGUACUGGCAACCCCAACAUUGACAUUUCCAAUUAACUGCCUCGAGCUCCUCGGCUUCCCGACAUCCUCACAAGCUCCCGCACACUGGUGAAGCUGCAACUACCCACCCCGCAUCCUCCAACGAACUACGGCCACCAACAUGGCGGCACCGCAAGAGGGUUAUCCAGCUCAAGGCUAUCCUGCCCCGGAUCCUUAUGAACAGCAGCAGAGCCCAGCGCAGCCUGGCUUUGGGACCGCAUCGCCUCCUCCCCAACCUGGGCAGGCCGAGCACGAUGGAGGGAAGAAGAAGAAGAGAGGUUACGCGGCGCAAGCUUAUGACUUUGGGGCGGGUGCGAAUUCGGCACUGGGAGGACAAGCGCAAGGAGGCGGUCAAUUUCAACCUCCUGGACAAGCUCCAGUAUACGGCGGUGGAUAUGCAGCUCCUGAGGCACAACCAGCAUAUGGACAACCUCAAUAUGGAGCGCCCGUUGGAGCUCCAAUUCCUGGCGCGCAGCCUGUCCCAUAUGGUGCCGGGCAACCGCAAUAUGGCGGCGGUGUGGGCUAUCAACCUCCAGACGCAGGAUAUCCAGGUCCCGGAGCACCAGCUAUGGGUGGAGUUGCUGGAAUUACCCAGGGAAUGGGACAGAUGGGAGUUGGAGCACAACCACAAGCCCAACCUCAGCAAGCCCCUGGUCGACCAGCAGUUCUGAACCAGUUGUACCCCACCGAUCUCUUGAACCAGCCUUUUAACGUGGCAGAACUUGAUCUGCCACCUCCCGCAAUUGUUUUGCCUGCGAAUGUAAGUUUAAAUGUAUGUAAAGAAGAAACCUGGCAUGCUGACUUUAUAUUAUAGUCAAGCGUUACCGCGUCACCCGAUGCCAACUGCGCUGCAAAAUACGUUCGCUCGACUCUUAAUGCGGUUCCAACUACACACUCGUUACUCAAGAAAUCGAAACUGCCUUUCGCCCUCAUCAUUCAGCCAUAUACCUCUCUACAUGAUGUUGAUGACCCAGUUCCAAUUGUCCAAGACCAGGUUAUUUCACGUUGCCGAAGAUGUCGAUCGUACAUAAACCCUUAUGUCACAUUUUUGGAUCAUGGGCAUCGAUGGAGAUGUAACAUGUGCAACCUCACAAAUGAUGUCCCUCAAGCUUUCGAUUGGGAUGCGGCUGCUCAGAAAAGUGUUGACAGAUGGCAAAGACCCGAGCUAAACCAUGCGGUGGUCGAAUUUGUGGCUCCACAGGAAUAUAUGGUCCGGCCCCCACAACCUCUUGUCUACCUGUUUUUGUUCGAUGUUAGCUACGCAUCCGUGUCAUGUGGGCUUCUCGCAACUAGCGCCCGUACAAUUUUGGACAGUCUGAACAGGAUACCUAAUGCGGAUCGAAGAACUCGCGUCGGUUUCAUGGCUGUGGAUUCCAGCUUACACUACUUUGCCGUGCCAAGAGACACGGAUGAGAAUGGCGAGACUAACAUGCUUGUUGUCAGCGAUCUCGAGGAGCCUUUCUUGCCAAUUCCUCAAGAGCUCCUGGUUCCACUAUCAGAAAGUCGACUUAGUGUCGAGAAAUUCCUGACUGCACUUCCAUCUAUGUUCCAAGCCAACCAGAACAAUGGCUCAUGUAUGGGAUCUGCAUUGAGAGCAGGCCACAAACUCAUUUCUCCGCUCGGAGGCAAGAUUGUUGUUAUCACAGCAUCUUUACCGAAUGUUGGCUAUGGCAAGCUCGAAAUGAGAGAGGACAAGAAGCUUCUGGGAACCACCAAAGAGAGCGCUUUGCUUCAAACUGGCAACAGCUUUUACAAAAGCUUUGCUGUUGAGUGCUCGAAGAACCAAGUUUCGAUCGAUAUGUUCCUCUUCUCAUCUCAAUAUCAAGACGUGGCGUCACUGAGCAACUUACCAAGAUAUACGGGAGGACAAACGUACUUCUAUCCAGGAUGGAAUGCAGGAAGGAGCGAAGACGCAAUCAAAUUUGCAUCGGAAUUUAGUGAUUACUUGUCAGCUGAGAUCGGUCUUGAGGCCGUUCUGCGGGUUCGUGCCACAACCGGACUGCGCAUGAGCACAUUUUAUGGCAAUUUCUUUAACAGAAGCUCGGAUCUCUGCGCUUUCCCAGCUUUUCCAAGAGACCAAAGUUAUGUUGUUGAGGUAGCUAUUGACGAGAGCUUGACUAAGAACUUUGUUUGCAUGCAAACCGCUGUUCUUCAUACGACAAGCAAUGGAGAGAGACGAAUCCGAGUAAUGACCUUGUCAUUACCAACAACUACAAGUCUUGCUGAUGUCUAUGCUUCUGCCGAUCAGUGUGCCAUUACAACAUUCUUCAGUCAUAAAGCUGUCGAGCGCGCACUUAGCAGUGGACUUGAGCCGGCCAGAGAAGCACUUCAGUCUAAGCUUAUCGAGCUUUUACAGACUUUCAAGAAAGAACUUGCUGGUGGAAAUAUGGGAGGAGGCGGUUUGCAAUUUCCUGCCAAUCUCCGUGGCUUGCCAGUAUUGUUCCUGGGUCUUAUUAAAAACGUCGGUCUUCGAAAAUCAGCACAAAUUCCAUCAGAUCUUCGGUCAGCUGCGCUUUGUCAACUAUCGACCCUUCCUCUACCACUUCUGAUGCAGUUCAUCUACCCACGCAUGUACUCGCUGCAUGACAUGCCUGAUAACGCAGGUAUCCCUGAUCCACAAACGAGUCAGAUCGUUCUACCACCACCUCAUAACUUGUCCUCAGAAAGACUGGUUCCAUACGGACUCUAUCUUAUAGACGAUGGUCAGACUCAGUUCCUGUGGGUCGGACGAGAUGCAGUGCCUCAGCUACUCGCUGAUGUAUUUGACGUUCCUGAUCGAAUCAAGCUUAAGGCUGGCAAGAGCUCCCUUCCAGAACUGGAUAACGAUUUCAACGAGCGAGUGCGCGCAGUAAUUCAAAAGAGCAGAGAUUACCGAUCCCGUAGCGUUGGCAGCAUCAUUGUGCCGCAUCUGUAUGUGAUUAGGGAAGAUGGUGAUCCAAGUCUGAAAUUGUGGGCGCAGACGUUGUUGGUGGAGGAUCGGGCGGAUCAAGGGAUGAGCUUCCAGCAAUUUAUGGGAACUCUACGAGAAAAGGUGAGCUAAAGUCCCGAUGGGGCCCUGUUAUUGAAGCCAUGGCCUCGUGCUGAUGCAUACAAUGUCCAGGUCGUACAAUGAAGAUAUUUGGAGAGUGGAGUGCGAACCUUUGUAGCAGUAUAGAAAACAAAUACCUAUCUUAGUUGAAGCAAGGCCUGUUUGGCGAUUGCCCAAUUCCAGUUUAUAUGAAUUUUAACAGAAUCUUCUUAGUUCUUUCAAGUCGCCUAAUAAGUUACAUGAGAGACUGUUUGUUUAGGUAAUCUUACUUACAGGCAAGCAUAAAAAGAGGGUAAUAAAUAGAAGCCUCAUUAAUCCAAGUUGUUGUCUUAUUGGAAUACCAACAAGAAUCGUCUAAUCAGAACAGAUAUGAACAAUUCUGAGAUGCCACAACAAUGAGGCUAUUUAUUGCUGUGUUUUUUCCAUUGUAAAUCAAGCCGCCUAACCUAAUUGAACUGAAAACUUGCCACCAGGGGCGAUGGGAUUCCUGCAUCGCCUCCUUGGUUACAGCACGUGAAGAUUCACUCUGACUUUGUGAAAAAAAUCUCUGAUCUUGCUACCUGGAAUGUGGAUGAUUUUACUUCUUCUUAGGAUUUGUGCAUCACAAAAAGGCAGUGAGCUAGGUACGCAGUACCUACGUACCUGGUGCUACUACCCCCACGUACCAGGGUAGGUAGCUCCCAAUCAGCUCUAAUCCAACCCGUCACCCAGCACUAAUGCCUCAAAUACUAGGCCGACUUUAGGUUAACGGGAAUUUUGGGCGACAACACUCAAGGAUAACACCAACAUCACCGAUAUCUCCACGACAUAACAGCACCCUCUGCACAAAUCAUCGCAUCCCAAUAUUAGGAAAGCUUGAUGCACAGAUCUCGAAUAUCGCCAUCUUUGACAACUCCUGCUCCGCCGCUCUAGACACUUUGCGCAGUGGCCGGAGUCCGAACGCGCUCAUCGUGACUGACUUUCGCAGCUUCAUUUCGACUCCGACUCCCAAGCCGGCAUGAUGAACAGUCGUCAUCUGCCGGCAGGGCAAGGCAUGCCGUCAGAUGGGAGGAGACGGCAGUAUAAUCAAAGUCAGAACCAACACCAACAUCAGCAAUACCCCCCAACGCCGAUGUACAAUGCCUACAUGAAUCCAUAUAUGGGCAACGCGAACUACUACCCACAACACCUUCCUCCACAACAAUACCACAACCCAAUUCCUCACCAAAACCCAUACAAUCCUUACCCACCAUAUGUGCGCUCCCCGCCCCCACCAAUGCAGCACUACGCUCAUCCUCCAAUGCCUCAACAACAACAACACCCCCAACCACAGCAGCAGCACUAUGCUCCUCGGCGUCAGCAAUCCCCCGCUGUGGUCUCAACCCCAUACCAACCUCCUUCGCAGACACCCUCAUCCACUCAAUCAUCGCAUACAGUCCCAGGGCCAAUGACGCCUCCAACUCCCCAUACUGAGUUAAGUGCAGCACCAGUAACGCCGCCGCGAGAUUCCCCACACGAUUCCUUCAGAGUACCAGUAAGUCUCAACAUGUUUUCGCCUGAUCGAGAUGUCUAACAAUGAAAUAGUUACCUUGGCUAUCACACCCAGACGCACCUUGGCCAGCGAGAAGACCGCGACGAAAGAGAAAGCAAAGUGGAGAACUAUCAAAACGCUCAGUUGAACUCCCAAACAUCCAUCAAGGCACAAGCGUCGAGGCUGAAAAUCCCACACCCGCCGCCGAAGUGGCUCCUCGACCCGAGACACCUUCCACCAGCCAACCACAAUCCGAUAGAACGGAUUCAACCAAUCCUACAACGCCAUCCUCGAGUACUCAGGCUCCUGUAUCUGCUGCCCGUGAUACCACACCUGUCGCUCAGAAGUCCGCGCAAAAAGCGAGAAUUCCUGCAAUUCCUGUCGUCCCCGCACUGCCGAAGGCAUCCCCGCGGGAUGUUGCAAAACAAAUCCCAGAGAAGACAACUGAGGAUCUUUCUGUAGGUCAAAGCCAGGAAGAUGCUAAGGAUGAAGAAAAAGUCAUCACUUCGGAGAAUCAAGCUGCGAAGGUUGAAUCUCCUGCCCCAGCUCCAGCUCCAAAAGCUUGGUCGACACCUAAGGCUUGGUCGGGGCUUUUUAACCCCAAUGCAGACACAAGCAAUGCCAAGUCUCAUGAUAUUGGGCGACGAGCAGGACAAAGUUUUGGCGCUGCAAAUACGGAGUCUGUAGCAGAGGCUUUGAGGUCCUUCAGUGCAGUCUCUAGUGAUUCAAAGAUUUCGUUUCUCAAACCGCGUGGUCUGAUCAAUACCGGCAAUAUGUGCUACAUGAAUUCCGUAAGCGAAAUCUAUAAUCCACACUCACGCUUGGUCGUCUUCUAAUCAGUUACAGGUUCUUCAAGUUCUUGUCUCCUGUACUCCUUUUUUCACAUUUCUUGACCAAAUUGGAAAGCGUGCAACCCAUAGUUUCAAGAGCGAAACACCUUUAAUUGAUGCUAUGCAAGUAUCUCAGACAUUUAAUUCAAACUAAAUCUAACGUUUACAUAGGAUCAUGUUCAUGCGGGAGUACCCCGUAAUAGAUUCUGCCGCGUCCGUCGAGAAAUUGCGAUUGCGACUGAAGGAAGCAGAACUUGAGGAGUAUGGGGAAGCGUUCACACCCGACUUCGUUUACGACGUGAUCAAGCGUCUGCCGAGAUUUUCAAGCAUGCGAGUAUGUUACCACAAACUUUUGUGAUAAGCCCAACUAAUAGUAUGUAGCGCGGUCAUCAACAAGAUGCUGAAGAAUUUCUGGGUUUCCUAUUGGAGGGUCUUCACGACGAGUGUGUGCAAGUCAUGCAAGCCAGUGCAUCAAACGCUACAUCAGCCAUGGCCACUCCAACUAAUGGCCCAUCUUCUCCUACAAGUGAGGUCGCAAGCAAUGCUGAUUUAGGGGCUGAAAAGGCAAAUGGGUGGCUUGAGGUUGGGUACAAACAAAAGGCUGCUGUGACCCGAUCGUCUGGGGCGAUCAUUACCAGUUCACCAAUUACCAAGAUUUUUGGAGGGAAGCUUAGGUCUGAGCUACGUGUUCCUGGUCUAAAGGAUUCCGUCACGUUGGAACCCUACCAACCCUUGCAGCUUGAUAUCGGGUCCCCUAGCGUUAACAAUAUCGUCGACGCAUUGAAGGGCUUAACUCGUUCCGAGGCUCUACAUGGCGAUUUCAAAUCUCCCAAGGGACCUGAUGUUACUGCCACGAAGCAAGUAUUCAUCGAAACUGUACCUCCUGUUCUCAUCCUUCAUCUGAAGCGCUUCCAAUAUGAUAAUACUGGUGGCACUCAAAAGAUUUGGAAGAAGGUCGGAUAUCCUUUGGAGCUGGAAAUUCCCAAAGAGGUUUUCAACCGACAGCAACGGAACAAGUACGCUCACGGUGGACUCCCCAAGUAUCGAUUGACCGCCGUGGUAUAUCACCAUGGUAAGAACGCCAGCGGAGGACACUACACCGUUGACGUUCGAAGACAAGAUGGGCGCGAAUGGAUCAGACUCGACGACACAAUUAUUCGACGUGUGAGAAGUGAAGAUGUUGCCGAGGGGGGCAGCGAGGAGGAUCCAAAGGUUCUCGCCGCCGCACUGGAAUCCCAAAAGAAAGACACCCCAUCCAAUGGAAAUAUGUUCGCGACCAUCGACGAAGCCGAGGACUCGGUGGCCGAGGAGGGUUGGAAGCAAGCAAGUGGGCCAGGGAAAAAAUGGUCAAGUCUUGUCAAUGGCGCUUCGACCCCAAAAGCCAAGACGGCCGACAAAUCUUCCAUUAAAGAUAACAAGGUUGCGUACCUGCUGUUUUAUCAGAAGUUACAAUAAGUCUGACUUUUAUAACAAAUACUGCGGCGGGUCUUGAAGUAGAGAACGAUAGUCGCAAGCCACCUCGUCAUCGAUGCAAAAAUAUUGCUGCGAUAUAGAGGCGAGACAAUAAGGGGAUAUUAGGGCAGGUAUCAAAAAGUAGUCGAUGAAGUUGAAGUGAGUGCAGCCAGAAAGACAGGCUGCUGUACCACCCAGGCUCAACUCGAAGGAUAAGCUUAGGAGUGUUUUUUUGCUACCAAAAAAUUCAACUUAGAACUGGGCAUAGGCAUCAAAAAAGCUUUAUGCGGAAGGAGAAAAUUUGGGGAAUUUUUGUCUGUCUACCUAACUGUCUAUAAGCAAGGAUUCUGUUGGUGACGGGGGGAGGGGAUGGAUGAGCUUUACGACAGCCUAAUUUAUCUUUGUUCGAUGUAUAAUAGUUGCGUGGG